UUGCAAUCAAUAGCUACUACAGAGUGAACGGCUUUCCCUCCGCACUGAAAAGAAAUACAGAAACCAAACCCAAAUAAAAUAAUAACAAUAUCAUCGAUAUGAUGUUCCAAACUUUAACCCUCUGCUGCCUGGCCCUGGUCGCUGGCAUUGCGGCCAACACGGUAUCCACCAACGAGACAGACUGUCCACUAUUCUGCGCUGCCGUCUAUCGCCCGGUGUGCGCCACUGAUGGAAAGAUCUUCAAGGAAUUCGCCAGCGCCUGCAACCUUAAGUCUGACAACUGUCGCCGCGAACGCAACAAAAUUUCGCCUUAUACUGAAACCGAUGCCGCUUGGUGCAGCUCCGAGUUGGUGGACAAUCUGCACGAGAAAUUGGGCAGCUUCAGGCUGGAUCGUGAAGAGUGCUUCAAGCCCUGCUCGAUGAUCUACCAACCGAUCUGUGUGACCAAUGGCAAAUAUCGUGCCCAGCUGAGCAACGUCUGCCUUUUGGAGACCUUCAACUGCGCUCUGGCGGCCGCCAGCGCCCAGCCCACAGAACUGCUGCGUGUCCUGCGCGACACGACCUGCUAGGAAAGCAUCUAAAUCUGAACGGAACAAUACAGGCUUCAAUUGUUUGAAAUAAAAUUCUUUUUGUUUGGAAAAGUA